AUGGUCGGGCAAGAAAUACCUGUUGGGGAGGGUAAUUCACCUGUGAUAGUUGUUAAUUGGAACCAGGAUGCUAACCAAUUGGUCCAUCAAGUUCGACAGGGAAAUCUGUUGGGAGAAAAUAACUUAACAACCAUUGUGGAAAGAAUAAUGGAUCAAAAUGGGGUUAAUAUGGGCAUGCAAAUGCCAAACUACAUAUCUCCUCUACUAGAGUAUGUGUUACAAACUGAAUUACCAAGGGGAUGGGAAGUCCUUAAAUUUACAAAAUUUGCUGGUGGCACAAACAACUCUACUGUCGAACACGUUGCUCGUUACCUAACUAAGGCAGGUGACAUUGCAAACAACGAGAACCCGAGGAUGAAAUACUUCCCUAGUUCUCUAACAAAGAAUGAUUUCACAUGGUUUACCACUUUACCUCCUUAUUCAAUCCAUGAUUGGGCAUGUCUAGAGAGGUUAUUUCAUGAGCAGUUCUACAUGGGGCAAUCUAAGAUUAGUCUGAAGGAAUUGUCAAGCGUCAAGCGAAAGUUCGCUGAGUCGGUUGAUGAUUAA